UUUUAUUUUAUACUUGUUUUUCAAAAAUGAAUUACAACUUGUCGCAAUUUCAAACGCUUCCCCUUGACAUAGUCAAUUUAAUUGUCUUGUACCUUUUCCCCUCUGCCAAUUCAAGAUAUGAGUCGAUUCUGGUCACAGAUUUUCAUUAUGAACUAACUGCUGCUCUCAUUCGGUGCUGCCACGCUUGGCGCACGGUCAUUAUGGAGCGUCUCUGCCGCGAAAUCACCAUAGAGCGCUUUUCUGACGGUACAGUGGGCGAUAUGUCCUUUAAACGCUGGCCUAAGUUAGCCUGUACUCCAACGUUUCGGAUUACCCAUCUUGUGAAAAGGGUUGUUGUAGUUGUAUGCACUGGGCCGAGUGCAGAUGGGCCUCGAGCAAAGCAUCUAAUCAGCAGGGAUAGUCGUUCUGUCGGCGCAAAUCUUACUGAACUUGGUGCGAGCGAGUUUGCACAAAAUAUCAAGCGGAUGGUUCCAGCGGUGCGUGAUGUUGCAAUCCACAGAAUUGAUCCGCAUUACGCAGAUGGUUAUGACAUGCCCAACGAUCAUCUCUUGGGCAGGUUCAGCAUCGAUUUGUGCCAGUCAGUGAGCCAAGUGUCCAUUAAAUGGUCAUGCGGUGUGCAACAAUAUGAUGUGGGAUCAGAGUGGGAGGAUGGGCUCACAGACAGAAAGUACGAGGAUUCACAACGCGACCACCGCGCUUUGUUCGAGCUCAUUCGUCGGAACGCAGGCACGCUGCAGUCGCUCAGGGUGCGUUUGAAAGAUGACCAAAAGAUUAGCGAUCUUUGCAGCGACGAUUCUGGCUGUGCCAUCGUUUAUCCGCUCCUCGAAAAACUUAUCAUCUACAGUCAUAGGGACUCAUACUUCUCCUCCAUGUCUGAUGCUGAUCAAACAGUUGCAUUUCCGAUGCUUAAAUAUCUUAGUGCCCGUGAUUACUUUGAUCAUGCCGAUCACGCGUUUAAAGGAAUCAGCAGCACGCUUGAGUACCUGUUUUUGGAGCUCAGCACCGAUACCCUUCCGAAACUGCGCAAACUAAUACUGAUCAACGUGGGCAAUAAUAAUGUCAUUGGAAUACCAGCAGCCGACGCAAUGCGAUUUGCAAUCAAGAUCCUUGAUACAGCACAGUUUGUGCGCGAAAUCUCAAUCCCCAAUUAUUUUGAUAAGAGCGUGUUUUAUACCAGUAUUCAGUCGACAACAGCGUGGACCAGCAGCAUUCAGUUGGUUAGUAUGUGGGAUGGUGCGUCUUUUGAAAACAUUGUGCUCUUACUCAAACAUCUUCCUGCCUUGCGGAAACUUGAUUGUUCUAUCAACGGACAGGCCAUUGGCACCGGCGGUUACGACGACUACUUUGACGAACCGGUUGAUGUCAUUUACCAAAACAAUUAUCCGGUCGGGAGGUGCUUUACCACCUGGUAUAUAAAUAAUAAUGGUAUAGGUUGCCUUAGUCAUAUUACGACAGCUAUUGCACUGGUUGCCAUUAUAUGCCCCACACCAAUUUGGAAAAAUGCAAAUGGUGAUUUCGGCAAGUACGCUGACCGACUCCAAAACGUCAAAUAUUUGAAUAGAAGGACAUUAUUAGUAAACUUUAUAAUAAAAUGCUUUAGUUUAAUUGUUGGUUUAUAUUUUUAA